CAACCAACCAAGUCGGCGUCACCUCGCGGUUGUGGAGGCGCUCGGAGUAUAUAAACGGCGAACCGUUACUCGAGUAUCAGUUGCGCAAGCGAGAUAUGCAAAUCAAGGCCCAUCAACAGUGACGGAACCGGCUCUAACCAGGGAUCUGCUAACCCCUCCAUACCCGACACUAAAGCGUGUUACUCCUCCAGACGACGUGAUAUCACCAAAGCUCAUCUCAGAUCUCUCGGUUUAUUCAUCACACGGCAUACUGUGCUGUCAUAUAUCGGUUUAAUAGGAAAGCAGAGUGGAGUGAGGUGUGGUCGAUCCCGGUGAUCGACUAAGCAACGAUGUCGAUGAACUUCGUGACGUUUAACCAGGACUAUAGCUAUCUAGCUGUGGCGACUUCUAAGGGAUUUCGCAUCUUCACCACGGACCCUUUCGCAAAAAGCUAUGAGACGAAAGAAGGGAAUAUAGCUAUUAUUGAGAUGCUGUUCUCGACGUCCCUGGUUGCGCUGAUCCUAUCACCACGUCGCCUUCAAAUAACUAAUACCAAGCGCCAAUCGACGAUAUGCGAAUUGACUUUCCCCACGACCGUGCUGGCCGUGAAGCUGAACCGGAAACGGCUUGUCAUUGUGCUGGAGGACCAGAUAUACCUCUACGAUAUCCAGACGAUGAAGCUCCUGUAUACCAUCGAGACCUCUCCCAACCCCAACGCACUCUGUGCCCUCUCCCCAUCCUCGGAUAACUGCUAUCUUGCAUACCCUCUUCCGCAAAAGGCGCCGCCCUCUACGUUUCAACCUCCAGCUCACGCUCCUCCGGGCACAACACAUGUUACACCUACAAGUGGCGAGGUUCUGAUCUUUGAUACUCUGAAGCUGGAAGCGAUCAACGUCAUUGAAGCGCAUCGGUCCCCGCUGGCGUGUAUCACGUUGAAUAGCGACGGAACACUUAUAGCCACGGCGUCGGACAAAGGAACGAUCAUACGGGUAUUCUCUGUCCCCGACGGGCGCAAGCUUUACCAGUUCCGGCGAGGGUCGAUACCAUCCAGAAUCUACAGCAUGUCUUUUAACACCACCUCGACCCUCCUUUGUGUAUCAUCUUCCACAGAAACGAUCCACCUAUUCAAAUUAAGCCUUCAAUCGCAGUCGCCAGACGCUACACCAUCCUCUUCACUUACGGCCGCUGAUCGAAGGUCUAGCCAAAGCUCACUUGGACAAUUAUCCGAUGCCGAUGAUAGAGGUGGAGACAUGGCCGCAUCCGAGCUUGCGUCGAGGAAACACAAUGGAACUCUGAUGGGCAUGAUCCGGCGCACCUCCCAAAACGUUGGGAGCACAUUUGCUGCCAAGGUUGGAGGCUACCUCCCCAAGGGAGUCAGCGAGAUGUGGGAGCCCGCCCGAGACUUUGCCUGGAUCAAACUGCCCAAGUCCAACCAAGGACCUGGAGCAAACGGGAACAACGGCCCGUUGCGCAGUGUGGUCGCCAUGAGCGCCAACACUCCCCAGGUUAUGGUGGUGACUAGCGACGGCAACUUCUAUGUAUUCAACAUCGAUCUCUCCAAGGGUGGUGAGGGGACGUUGACCAAACAAUACUCUGUGCUCGACACAAAUGACCGCCUGGGAUACUCCGUGAUGGACUAUUAAUCUCGCCAUGAUACCACUCGUUACGUCUACUGCUGCUACAAGUCGAUCGUUACAGCGCCCUUUGCAUUCUGUUUUGAUUUGAGCGUUCAUAUACUUCUAAUAGGGCCAGUAUACGCCUUCCUAUUUGUUCUUACUCUAUCGUUUAAGCCUUUUCGAGGCGCUACUCCUAUCCGCCUUGCAUGAAUACUAUCAUGUGAUGACUGACUUCUUCUCGUCUUAAUGCUCUUGCCAUGUAAUCCCAUAUGUCUUAGACCUGGGUAUCUUUGUGACGGAGGUCGAUUCUGCAUCGAGUGUCAUGCAUCUCUGAUAUUCGAGCGCUGUACUGUAUGGUUGUACUUUAUGCAUGAAAACUUG